GCGGCCGCCUGGGCCGAAGAAGGCACGCGGGCGAUUGCGUCGCAGCUCGCGGCGACCGCCGACGGGCUCUCUUAGCCAGGGAGGCCCCGCGCGAAAAGGCAGAGAACGAAGCCGCCCCCGUUUUGGCAUGCCAGUGCUGUGGCGAUUGGGGUCCUACCGGGCGGCAGGCGGGGCGGAAUGUUGCCCGUCCGCUGCUGCGGGGGCGCGCGCCGCACUGCAAGCCGCGGCGAACGGGAGGAGAAGUCGCCCGCUUUCUUAUAACUAGACUGAGAGAGUAGCUCAUGCGUCAGCUGUAACUGCAACGACCGGCGCCCGAACCACAGCCGGCUGAUGUGUGGCAUUGGGAACGCUCUGCGCCCUCGCGCUAGCUUGCUAGCGACCACCAUUGGCAAAGAACUGAGUGGGCCGGCGGCGUAAUGAACUGCCCAGGCUACGGCCGUCCAAGCGGGGCGAUGGGCCCAGCGCCUGGCGGCUCUUGCCCUUCGUCUCGCAAAACAUCGAAAGAGGUUGGAGAACGCUGAAGGCUGCGAAACCCAGGCCCUCUAGGUGCCGACGCCGCCGGGCCGAUGCGCCGAGCAAAUUAACAAAAGGCGCCGGCCCCCCGUUCGUGGGCCCGCGCACUUGGCGCAAUUUGGCGCCCUAUUUUCGGCCCCCAAGCCGCCCCGCGCCACGAGAGCGCGGGCCGGGCGGGCCGGGUUCUUCCGUUCCACCCUGGGCAUGAGGUCCCGCGCGGCCCUUGUUGCCGGUAGGCGGGCCCACAGGACCGCGGGCGGACGAGGGGGCGGCGCCAGAGGGUCCCUGAUAUUUUUAUGCCAGUGCCCCGGCGAGGCCGGUGGCGUGUGCUUGAUUGCUUGCGUGCCGGCUUCGGUUCAGCGCUGAACGGCUCGGCGGCAUCUCUUGCAUGCAGGCUCGCCGACGCCCUCCGCCUUCGUUCCUCCGGUUGUGCGCAUGCAUAGCUUGAAAGUUCGCACUUGCCGCCUCCAGGUUGGCCCGUAAGUUGCUACAGAGUAGCUCGCGCGAGUACUUACCCC